UAAGUUUCCAAUUAAAUUCAUUUAAUUUGCUCUUGAAAGAAGGCAUAGCGAUGGAAGUGGCUUACGUUAAAGAGAAUGUAGGUACACCUGGAUCAAGAGGAACCAAUGGCUUCCAAUUUAUUACCUUCCAUGUUGUCUCAAAUUCCAUUAAUUGAUAUGGAAAUGUUGCUGGCUAAUGAUCAUCCAGAACUUGACAAGCUUCAUCUUGCUUGCAAAGCUUGGGGAUUCUUUCAGAUGAUGAAUCAUGGAGUGAGUUGUUCAGUAUUAGAGAAAGUGAAAUUAGAAGUGGAAGGGUUCUUCAAUUUAUCCAUGGAAGAGAAGAACAAGUUUGACCAAAUUGAAGGAAAUAUGGAAGGAUAUGGUCAGGUGUUAGUGUCAUCUGACGAUCAAAACAUAAACAGCAGGAUAGGCAAACUUUACAUGCUCAAUCUCCCUUCCCAUUUGAGAAAACCCCACUUGUUUCCUAAGCUUCCCGUCUCAUUAAGGGAUACCUUGGAAGAAUACUCAGCACAAGUGAAGGAACUUUCGGAGAAAAUAUUCAGUAUAAUGGCGAAAGCAUUGGAAAUGAAAGGAGAAGAUUUGAAUGCAGUUUUUGAUGGAGGAGAGCAAGCAAUGAGUAUGUAUCAGUAUUACUAUCCUAAGUGUCCUCAAGAAGGCGUUGUUAUGGGGCUAAACCCCCACACUGAUCUUACUGGCUUGACCAUACUUUCUCAACUCAAUGAAGUGGAAGGUCUACAUAUCAAGAAAGAUGGUUCUUGGAUUCCUAUUACACCUUUGCCUAAUGCCUUUGUUAUUAACGUUGGAGACACGUUAGAGAUAGUGACGAAUGGAAUUUAUAAAGGUGUUGAACAUCAACCAGUUCUCAAUCCAAACAAGGAGAGACUAUCUAUUGCAACAUUUUUUAAACCAAAAAGGAACUAUAAUUUAAGUCCAGCAUCGAGCCUCAUCACUCUUGAAAAUCCUGUAAAAUUCAAGCAAAUUGGUACUGUUGCUGAUUACUUCAAGGGAUAUUUCUGUCAUCAACUUGUUGGGAAAUCAUACCUUGAUACUAUGAGAUUAACUACUGAGGACGAAGAGAAUACGUGAGCGCAGUUUCAAUAAUUGCAUGAUUUUAAUUCGUUAAGCCUGUUGUAUGUAAAUUAAGUUGCUGUUAAAGGUUAUAUCACUCCAAUAAAAUCUUCAAUUUGUUGUUUCGUCAUCCCAUAUAACAAGGAUCAGUAUUUCUCAUGCAAAAAAUAUAAAAUAAGCAAGU